AUGUCUGGAGCAAACGACGAGGACCCUUUCCUACAAGUCCAAGCCGACGUGCUCUCCGCCCUCAAUACCACCAGGCCUCUCUUUGCCUCCUACCUUCGCAUUCGAUCAUCUGCCUCAUCAGCGACGUCACCAGAGCUCCGAGAAGCCCGUCAAGAGCUCGAGCAGACACUCCAAAACCUAAGUCAAGAUUUAGAGGACCUGAUAGAAAGCGUCAAGGCCGUCGAGCAUGACCCCUACCGCUUUGGUCUCGAGAUCGAUGAAGUCGAGCGCAGACGGAGACUGGUGAAGGAAGUCGGAGAUGAGGUAGAAAACAUGCGAGAAGAGCUCCUGCGCUCUGUUCAAGAUGCGCAGAACAGGGGCAAGGCAGCCAAUGGAGACAUGUUGCCAGAUCCAGACUCAUUUGAGGAUGAUGAUCACUACGCGCAAUUCGAACAGGAGCAACAGCUCGAGAUGAUGCACGAGCAGGACCAAGCUUUGGAUGGCGUAUUCCGGACCGUGGGGAACCUGCGACAGCAAGCGGACGAUAUGGGGCGAGAAUUGGAGGAACAAGGAGAAAUGCUUCAAGACGUCGACAAUGUGGCUGACAGGGUCGGCGGGAAGCUCCAAACAGGUCUCCAGAAAGUUGGCUGGGUCAUCAAGAAGAACGAAGGCAGGUUCCUGUUGCGUUCUCGAGUAAUCAUGUUGCUGACUCUUAUCUUCGUCUAG